UGAUUUCAAGAACACUCGUGGAGGACAUCACACAACUGUAAGAAGUAUAUAUAAUGGAACUUGACUUGGUUUUUACCAUCAGUUUUCAUUUGUUUGAAGUUGUAUUCAAUUCAAAAUCCCAUCAAAAUGUUCAAAGUUAUUGCGGUCAUCUUUGCCCUUAUUGCCUGCAGCGCUGCCAAGCCAGGUUUGGUAGGUGCUCCUUUGGCCUACACUGCUCCAGCUGCAGUUGUUGCUGCUGCCCCUGCACCUUUUGUCACAGCCACCAGUAGCCAAGUGAUUGCCCGCAAUUACAAUGGCAUUGCCACUGCUCCUGUUGUUGCCCCCGUUGCUGCUCCUGUUCUUGCCAAAACUAUUGCCGCUCCAGUAGCUGCUGCGUAUUCUGCUCCUUUGGCCGCACCUUAUACCGCCCCGGUUGUUGCUAGAUACGCAGCUGCUGCUCCCUUGGCAUACAGCGCUCCACUGACAUAUUCAGCUCCUUUGACUUAUGCUGCUGCACAUGCUCCAGUUCUUUUAUAAAAUAUUGGAAUGUUGAGUUAAUUUUUGGAAAAGAAAUACAAGUUUGUUGCAAUGACUGAAUCAA